CCGCGCUAAAAGCCUACGAUCCAGCCCAAUAAUCCCUGAAGUACGAAGCCCAAAAGUCAACAUCACCAUUAUACCCAGCAAUCAAUCUUGCGCCAACGAUACGGAAUCACAAUCAUGGCACUUCAACAAGAAGAUCUCAAAGCUCUCGAGCAGACUCGUCAGCGCCUCUUACAUUUAACUUCUAACAUCGCAUCUUUAAAAACUGAUUUCCAAAGGGGCGCACCUCUACCUGAAUAGUACGUACUUCACCUUGCUUGUCGCAUCCUGCAUUGCGCAUUCACGUUAACUAAUUGAUAUACAGUUCCUCAGUAAUGACAUCUUCUUCUAUCCUAAGCACAAACAUCCAAUCAGUCAUUGAUCAUCUCGCUGCUAAUAGUGAGAUUCUCUCUCGAAUCGUCGUAUUCCCUUCUACCAAUUUCCCCGGUCGCACACAAGAAGGACUUCUCCUACAAUUACUGCGCAAGAAACUAGAACCGCAAGUCGAAACAUGGGUUGAAGAGGGUCGUAAUUUACAAAUAGAUGGCGCAGGAGAGGGAGCUAAUCAGGGAGAUCUUGAGGAAACAUGGAAAUGGGCGGCUGAAUGGAUUGGGCCGAGGAUAAGGGAAUAUGCAUUGAAUGAAGCGGGCGAUGAGUAUACGGCGGAAGAGAGAGAAAGUGGAGUUGAAAAUGUUAAUACGGGACUUAAGGAUGAGGAAGAAAGUGAUGAAGAAGAUGAGGAAGGUGAGGAGGAUGAUGAGGUUAUGGGAGGAAUGGAUCGAAGUGCCGAGAAGAAGGCGCCGGAGAAGGGAAUUACAAGGAAAGAUGGUAGGGUGAGAAGUAAAGAAGAGAUUUUGAGAUUCGCUACCAGCGGGGUUAUCUGAAGAUAGCACAACAUAUGGGAAGAUAUAUCAAGCUGGAGGCGAAAAGUGUACCCUGUAAGGUACAAGAUUCAGUCUCUGUAAUUGGCAAUGCGCCAAUACAUAUGGGAGCUAAGCUUCACGGUCCAACGUUGGAAUGCCUCGCGGAUGAGCCUAAACUCUAAUCUGGUCGGUGUAGUCACCAUUCUUAUUCUUGGAUACUAGGAAUUCAAUUCCUUGCAUGUAGUGGCCGGGAGUCAGGCGAAAUGCGCCACCAAGCUACGAUAGAAGUAAGGGUGGGCACAUACAAACACAUCUACGCAUGUAGCUGGGUCCUUACUCUAAAGGGGUUGAUAUGAAUCUACGAUGUGUUCUUCAACUUUGGUCGUUUCAUCGCAAAGAUGCGAUUUUAGCCCUCAACAUGCGAAUAAUUAUAGCAAGAGUGGUCUCGAAGUUACAGAAAUUGAAUUAAUCAUUCCAAUAUAUAAUGCGCUAUCUAUUCAUCUUCCACUUCGAUGAAUCCUCUAUUUCAAAU